AUGUGACGACGAGUAGCAUCAAUUAUGGCGGACAAACAUGUUAUUUAGCGCCCAAGGCUCGACCUUAAGACCUACCACUGUUAUCGUUCCUAUUCCCGGAGAAACCAUCUGAAGCAGACACAUCUUAUUUCCAACAUGACUUCUAUGAUAUACGUAAAGAGGCAAGGAGGUUCUGUCAAAAUUCAUGAUAGGGAAGUUGUUGAAAAUGUCUUAGGCGACAGGGAAAAGACAAAAACUCAGCUGGACUUGAAGAAAUCAAGGCGGCAACCGAGAAAGUCCGAUGUCCGAGUGUCCUCUGCUCCAGACACAGCCUCCACUAGCAGUGCUGACUCCAAAGGUCUUCUCAAUCACUCAGUGAGGGUUCAGGACUGGCUGAAUGAAAAGACUAUCAAAGAAUUGCAGGAGAGAGCAGAUCAUGAGAGUCAUGCAGCUAAAAGACUCUACACACCUUUACUGGAGACAGAGGCAACCUUCGUAAAGGACGUUGGUGAGUAUCUAGCUCAUAAAGAUCUGGUGGAUUUGAGGAAAAAAGAAGUUCUUCACAAGCGUUGGUCAGACCAGGUCUAUGAGCCAAUCAGGAGGAAGAUUCUUGAGGCUAUUGAUGGCACAGAGUGGACUCACUUGGAUCGUCGUAAGAGGGAAAUGCAUCGGCAGUUCUUAGAGCAUGUAAAUAAAAGGGGCUUCGUGUUCCUGGAAGACGACGACCGGGAGGAAUACUAUGCCCAAGCUCUCAAUGACCACAGACCGGCACCAAUAAAGAUUCGCACAGAAGCUCUAAAAGACCCCUUAUUGACCUUAGGGAAACAGAAGUCAGAGGAAGACCGCAUUGUAUUGAGAUGUAUGACUGGACAACGUUACACAGAUAAUGAUCUUGAUCAAGUGAGGCUGCCCCCGCUCCCACUGGUCCCCCUCGGACGUCACGGUGUGAACAGCUGCAAGUGGCUGGAGAUGCCCUUGAGUAACAUCGAGAGCGAGUCCAGAGAGAGGAGCAGGCGCAGAAUGUUAGGAGUCAGUACCAAGUCACAAAUUGACUUUGGAGCCUGGACUGCUGCUGGAUAUGAUGCCAAGAUUGCUGAGCAAGAGCUACAGAUUCCUCGUAAGAAGAUGUUUGCAGAACAGCCCCCGUACGGCCGUCCACCAGCAGAAAUUCCCAAAGCUCCUUUCAUCGAUCCUGAGGACUUUGCUGAUAAAAUCAUCAACACUGACCCAUAUCCUGAACAUAUGGCCACCCUCAAGUCAGAAUACGAAGCAAUGCAGGCCUGGUAUGAGCACCAACAGCAACAACAGCAAAACAUGCUGGAUGAACAGCAGCAACAGCAGCCUAUGCUUGCACAGGCAUAAUGUCAGAGUCCUGAAGCCUUGAAAAAGUGUUCUGGAGGGUUAAAAUGUUGUUACUGUGUGCCAGUCUCUUGUGUAUAUAUAGUCAAACCUCUAAAUAUUCACUGUGUGUGCAUUUUUUUUUCCUUUCUGAACAAGGAUUUUUUCAGGCCAUCAGCUUUUUAAAUCUAUUGUGCAUACUUUUCCUGCUGUCUUACAUACCCACCAGCAAAAAAAAGAGAACUAUCAAUAGUAAUUAAGGUUCCAACUUGCAAUCAUUAUCCACUUCUUGUCUUUUGUUAUCAUGAGCUCAGCGAGGUUCUUUCACUCUCGCCUUGACCUGAGCACCCGACUUAAUCACUGUAAAUUUCAUUGAGCCCAAAGGAUGACCUUUACCACUAUCUUGUUCUUGAUCUUGAUUAUUGUCAAUAUAGUGCAACGAUGUCCAAGUAGAUAUUCACAGAGUACGUCUGUGAUGAACACCAGAUUAAUGUAAGGUAAACUUAUUGUUGAAGUAUCUUUCAUCGUCCUUGCAGUAAAACCAGUUUUGCCUUGUUGAUAUUCAGUGUCACAGUGUACAUUAAUUAAACUUUUGUGAAGGAUCAGUGUCCAACUCAAAAAGGAAAUAUGAUGAUAAGGUGGGUUUUUUUAGCAUUAAAGUAAAAAAAAAGAAAAAAGCAUGUUAUCUCAAUGAAUAAUUAGUAUAACAGUUAUUGUACUCAGGGAAAGAAUAUGACAGACAAACAUAUAGGCUACUAAAGACAGACAGUAAAUAAGAAGGAACUUCUCACUAACUAUUCACUAUUCUGAGCUGAAAGUAGCAAAAACACAUUUUAGAUCUAGAAAUAUACAUAAUAUACUUUAAUCUUUUGUGAUUGUCAUAAAUCAUGAACUCUACGUAUACUUUUCCCUUCACUUCUUCUUUUUGCCCAUUCCCUCCAAUUCGCUAGUAUCACAUGUCAGUAUUAUUGUUGUUAUUGUUACAAUUUGUUUUAUUCAUUUGUCAGUUUGCUCUCAUCCCCUUCCCCUAUAAAACUAGAUGUGCUGUACAUGUAAUAAAUGAAAUUUGAUUGUGCUGUUUGCAAUUUGUACAUUCCAUCGCAGGCGUGCUGUUCUCAUAUGACUUUGUAUUUCACUAACAUGGUAAAAGGACUUUUUUUCUCAGCUUGCUUAAAAUGACAAGCAAUUUGUUAGCAGAACUAUGAUACAUCUCACAUGGUCAAGACAUGUUCAGCAUUUGGAAGAAUAAAACAGUUUUUAAAAGUUCAA